AUCAUUCUUAGAUCAAGUCGUUGACCAAACUGUUUCUGUUCUUUACUGUCUUAGGAUAGUCUUCUACUUUCUUUGCUGAAAACAGGUUAUCCCAAGGGACCUUGAAAUCUUUCAAAGCCAUAAUGAAAAAGGCAUCAGUUUGGUUCCUCCUCAGCUUAGCCUAUUCUUUAUCCAGUGCAAAGAAACAAAGAGAAUGUCAUGCUCCUGCCACUUAUUCCCAAGAUGACAUCAAUAUUCUCUCCCAGGGGCUUCUACAGCUUGGAAUGGAGCUCAAGAUGCAAGUGAGCAACAGCAAAAACCACACUGGCCACCUGUUUAAACAACUGGACACGCUGAACACCUCUUUAGUCGAGCUUCUAACUCAAGUUAGCCGGCAGGAGAGAAAGGGCGAAGACCUGGAGAGGAGAGCUGAGCAGCUCGACAGGAGGAGUGAAGGCCUCCGUCAGCUGGUCGCUGAGCUCCAGCAUCAGCUGGUGGUGGGAAUACAGUGCAGAGAGAAACUCAGUGAGAGGCUGGAACUGCUGGAGCGGAAGAUGGAGGAUGCUGUGCUCCUCAAGGCAGAUGGGCUCUCCCUGACACAGGUGAUGGACGCCAUCAUGCCCUCUGUGCAAAGAGAGAGCCAAAGAACUGAUGAACUAUUUGGUGAAGUGAAAAUGCAGCAAAAACAACCACACAAACGAGAUACCCUCAUUAAAAAACUCCGGGAAAAGGUUAAAUCAAAGCCCAAACCCACAAAGGAAUCAGUGAAAACUGGAAACAAAAAGAACCCUACACACCCUUGAUGUGUAGGGUGAAGAGGACAUUCCAACUUCAAAAUCAGAAAAAGAAAAACGAAGCACAAAUCCUGUCUAGGCCACAAGUUGGAGUCCACCCAAGGCUGCCUGUCCUGGGAAAUGACACAAGAUUAGCAGGACGAACUGGGAGGCGGGGUGGGGGACAGUUAUAAGCAGCAGCUUGCCCCGUAGUAACCUCUGUACUCUGUGGGCUAGGCUGUAAUGUUUCUGUAAAUGCUGGUGCUGUAUUCUGAACUCUGGGGUCCUCUACCUCGCCCCAACAAAAAGUAAAUGCGAUUAAAUGGGCAGAGACUCAAUGUUACCAAAUUGUUUAGAAGCACUACAAUAAAUGACUGAAUAUUCUCUCUA